CCGCAUGAUCCUUAUCUCUGGAAACACAAACAACAUCGUCAUCUUCAACACGAUCCUUCUCCUAAAACUCCGUCGGUCUCAAUUACUAUUUAUCGUUAUCCCAUUUUUGACGAUAAUCGUCACGUGGAACAACGUCUGUUGGGCUUCAGGACUAUGCCGAGCCCUUCAGACAUCAAUGUGAUUCCUGUAGGCCCAAGAAGGAAGAAGAAAGCCUGUCGGAGAUGCAGGCACAGGAAGCAAAGAUGUGAUUUCCAGCAGCCAUGUCAUAAUUGUGAAGCCGCUGGUGUCGAGUGCUUACCCGUUAUCCAAGAACCACAACAGAAUUAUCCAGCUGGAUAUGUUCCAGCAUUGGAGAACCAUGCAGCAAUGCUAGAACGGACGCUCAACGAGAGGUUUCCUGCACUGGAUCACCUCGGUUCUGGUCCUCCGGUCACGGGCGAUGAGGUUGGACAGUCUUAUAAUUACGACUAUCUUGCUGGGACAUCUCCCGACACUGAGAGAAUAUGGCAAUGGCAAGUGCCUCAAACACCAAAUACACCAGGGAGAACAGGAGGUUCAGUGCAGCUGAGAGACCUAGGAACGAAUCAGCCAAGCCCACCAGAUUUUACGGCUCCAAGACAGACACCUAUCCAAGCUAUUCAAGGAUUGAGUACGAAUUCGGAACAAAUCCCCACAGCGACCGCAGCUUCAUUCUUUCGAACGUAUUUCCAGGCUAUUCAUCCUCAGUACCCAUUUCUAAGUGUCCAAGAUUGCGGAAAAUGGUACAACGAGUGGAAACUGGCCCCGGGGGGUGAUUCAAUAUCCGGGUGGCCUGCUUUCUUUGUCAAGAUGAUUUUUGCAAUUGGAUCGCUCAUCCAAUCAAAGUCGGACGCUGCACCAAGAUAUCAGCAUCAAGACCUGAAGUCACAAGCUCAAAGCGAAGAUGCCAUCAUCCGAAGUACAAAGUCCGACCCCUUGACAAGAUUACAAGCGAUGUUACUAUCUGCUAUGCAUGCCUUGCAUUCCGAGAGCACGGCGAGGAUCUCCCAUAUCAGUGGAGCGAUUAUUAGAUUCGCAAGUUUGCAUGGCUUUCACCAACUUGUUGAUUUAGGGGACGAAGAUAGUCAGAUGAAGAUCAAAGCUUGGUCUUGUGCGUAUAUACUCGAUAGGGCCGUGAGUGGGACAUUAGAUGUUCCUGUAAGUCUCGCCGAUGCGUACAUAUCAUCCCCGCUCUACGUUGUACGUUCAGAAGAACCAUAUCCAAUGCCAUGGUUAAAUGACGCACCUCCUCCAGUCACAGCUCAAAACGUCUCCAAUUUGGGCACUUUUGCCCAUAUCUGCAAGAUUAGACUGAUACAGUCAUACAUAAUACACGUCAUGCAUUCGGUUCCGAUAGAGGGAGAUGCUACGCGAGAGUGGCAAGAUAGCAUGAGGAUACAAAUUGAGAACUGGGCGGAUGAAAUUUAUUCACAUAGUCUCAUGGACAAUGAGGGGUACCAGAGUCCUUUAUGGCUCGGUCUCAUUGGCCAACUCUCAAGGAUUCUUCUUUGUCGCCCAACAAGACUCAAUAUCAACACUCAUGUGAGUGAUGUGGCAUUUCAGGCGAGCUGUGAUGCAUGCACGACCUUCCGAGCCCUGCAAAAGAAACGUCAAGUCGCACAGCCGUGGCUUGUGGUCAUCACACAAUUCCAAGCUGGGGUCACAAUCCUCUACGUAAUCUGGGCACGAGCUCUCGCUAACAUCCCUUCCCAAGCCGACUCAUCGAUACGAGACUGCACUUCAGUCCUCGCUAUUCUUGCUGACAGAUGGCAAAAUGCUGAACAUUAUCGAGACUGCUUCGAAGUUGUUGCCAGAGCAGUCCCAAGAUGUUCAAAGCCGGGGUAUCUGGAUCGAGAAGCGAGGGAAGAGUUGGCGGAUUUAAUCGAGAAGGUUAGUGAAGCAGGGGUGCACAGACACGUGAGGACUAUGCUGUGCGAGAUGGCAGCCUUAAACGAGGAUGAGGAGAUGGGGAUUUGA